CCUAAUAUGGGUACCCGCGGGUUACCCGCAAAUACCCGUUUGGGUAUAUGGGUACCCAUUGUCGCAAACAGUCCGUCCGCGACGCGGCGCGAAAAAGAGGAGUCGCCACCAAUCUCUCAAAGUGGAUUGGACACUUGGGAAGUCAAGCUUAAAUCGGUGAAGAUUUAAACUCGGCUAAGUCUGCGAAAUAGAUUUAUGGGUUCGGGGGUCGGUUACGAGUAAGGAAGGUAUUAGCACCCAUACAUCGCCCUAAGUCGGUACUAUAAGUUUGAUUUGUCUUUUUAUUCGAUAUUUUGUUUGUUUGAAAUUAUUUGGCCUUACAUAUGUGAUGUCAUUUUUAAGAUAAUUACAUGUUCAUCAACAUGUAAUUGAGUGGGAAGAAUUAGUAUAUAUUUUUGGUAAUUUUAGGGAAAAGGGUUUUGUUUUAUUAGUGGACUUGGACCCGUAGGCCGCGUACGUACCCGACAUCUCGGGAUCAAAGCCCUCGUAGUUCGCCCAGUGUUGACUUGUUUUAAAACAUUUGCUUACGUUCCCAUCGGUACGUAAUAGUUGCUUAAUUGGAUGACGAUCCAUCGAUCGUAAUUUGUUUGAGAUAAAUUAAAUGAAUAUUGAUCACGUACCCAUCGGCGCGUAAUAGUUUAUUGAUCUGAACACAAUCCAUCGAUAGUAAUAUGUUUAAAAGAGGUUAGGUAAUAAGUUGAUCAUGUACCCAUCGGUAAUGAUUUAAUCGGUUAAAAUAAUAUUUUAGGAAUGGACUUGAACCUUUCGGUCGCCUACGUACCCGACAUCUCGGGAUCAAAGUCCGCGUAGUUCGAUUGACAUUAAUUUUGAAGAAUUGAAUUGAGAUAUCAUAUGGUUAAAUAAUUUAAGGAACGCAUGACGCAUCCGUUCCUAAUUCAAAAUUUAAAUAAUUAUGUGUUGAUUGAACUAAUUGAACUGUAAAACACAAUUAAUCAAGUAUAGUAGCAAUUAGCCAACGAGAUAAAUUGCUAGGCUUGGUGGUUAAUCACUCAUACUACUGAGCUUGAAAUUUUGGUUCGACUAUGAGAAACGGGUACCAAUUAAAUUAUUGCAAGUUCUUAUUAAAGGGAUGGUUAUUUUCGGUGACGUAGAGAAUUGGGGGACCAAAUCUGUGGUUUUAUUGUGGUAUUUUCUGUAAAUUACCUAAAAUUACGAGGCUAGUGUGGUAAUUUAGAAUUUAAGCAAAAGUGACGAAAAUCCCUACCUCUCUUCCCAGAUGAAAUGCGGCCUUCUUCCUCUUCUUUCUUUUAUCCGAGCGCCGCUACCCUCUCACUCUCCUUCUUCCGAGGCGACCACAGCAGCAGCUGACUACAGCGGCACAGAUCAACGGCAGCGGCACAAUGGUUUGGUGAUGGGAGAGGCGGCGACGAUGAUGAAGACGUGGCGAUCUCCUAGCGGUGCGGUACGAGAGCGACGGUGGUGUUUUGUGAUGCGGCAAAGAGAUUGACUGGUGGUGAUGGCGGUCUGGCAUGGAUCAACGACGGGAAAGGCUCAGCGGCGGCCUGGUGGUGGCGGGAUCCGGAGUCAACGACGGCCAAGCUCGGGGGGAAGGUCAGGGUAAGCAACGAGGGAGUACUGCAGAGUGCGGUAGUGCAGUGAAGGAGGCGAGCGGUGGCGCUAGCGUUGAUGGUCAGACGAAGGCAUCAAAUGGGGAUGGAAGCGCAGAGGAGAAGCAGAUGGGGUCGGGGCAAACUAGUUCGGUUUGGACCAGAUCCGACCGGGUUCACAGUGCUGAUUAUUGUGUAAUGGGUUGAGCCCUCCUUUUUUGUAUGACUUAUCAAACUCGAAUUUAGUUAGACUAGUCCUCGAGACCAAAUAUGUAAUAAACACUUAUCAAACUCGAAUUAAAGUCGAAUGCGUAU